GUCCAAUAGAACAGUGCAAUGGUAUUGGUCAGCAUGAUGGGCAGUGGGAUGAGCCCACCAGCAAGCUACCCUUUGUCAGGCUUUCGUAGGCCUCAGAGAAAAGCAGGUGCUGAAGGAGAGUCAUGAGUUUAGUGCAACUUUGCAGGGAACCCCCCAGGUGAGAGGCAGCCAGGCAGAAAACACUGGGGUGCUUGUUUAAAAUGUAACCAGUGGGUGCUAGUGCUUGGUCAGCUGCAGGAGUCGGCCUUGGAUUGUGAGUGAGAGCAAAAUUGCUUGUCUUCGCUUUCUAGGCCCUGCACAGAUGGUUUGGUGCGCUAGAGAAGGGGAAGCCAGUGGAGGGGUUCAGAGAGGGGUGACAUGGUCAGUGUGCCCCAGACUAGGACAGAGAUCUUUGCAGCAGAAUUCUGAAUGGACCUGAGUGGGACAAGGUUGCCUUUGUGAACGCCAGAGGGUAGGAUGUUGCAGUAAGUGAGAUGUGAGCCUGGCGGAAGGUUUUAGUUGGGUGGAUGGACAGAUUAGGCUGGAUCCAAGAGCUGUUAUGCAGAAAGAAUUGGCAAGAUUUAGACACCACCUGCAAGUGAGGGCCUAGAACGAGGUCUGAGUCGAAGACAAUACUCAGGUGAUGGGCCUGAGUGACAGCUGGAUGGUGGAGGAGUCCUCAGCGAUCGAGAUAGGAGGUAGCAGGCAGGUGACAUGGGGAAGAUUAAAAGCUCUGUCUUAGCUGUGUUGCACUUUAGCUGAUGGCUCGGCAUCUGCGAGGAGACGUCAGCAAGACAGGACGAGAUUGUAGUUUGGCAGCAGGAGACGGGCGUGGAGUAGAAGUAGAUAAGGUGUGCGGGGAGAAGAGCAGGGGACCAAGGACAGAGCCCUGUGGAACCCCCACGGAAAGAGAAGAGGAUCCCCCAAAGGAGGCGCUGAAGGAGCAACUGGAGCAGUAGGAGAACUAGGAGAGAACAGAGUCAUGGAAACCAAGGCUGCAAGCGGAGGAGCAUGGUCAGCGUGGACUCCCUGGUGGGGAAGAUCUCCAUCCCAGCUUACUCGCUGAGCGACGACGACUACUCCAGCUACCGGCAGCUGAGCGUGGAGAGUGACCCCGAGGAGGGGCGGGAGCCUGGCCCCACAGCCCUGCCUUGUUCUCAGUGUGGCCUGCAGCUGGCCGUGCGCGUGGGGCCGAGCUGCCCGCAGUGUGCAGGGGCCGAGGAGGGCCGGGGCCAGCGUGUGCUCUACUCCUGCCAACUCUGCCCCUUCGCCUCCCACUACUCCAGCCACCUCAAGCGCCACAUGAAGACCCACAACGGCGAGAAGCCUUUCAAGUGCCCGCACUGCGACUACGCCUCGGCUCAGCUGGUGAACCUGACGCGGCACAAACGCACACACACGGGGGAGAGGCCCUACCGCUGCCAGGCCUGCAGCUUUGCCUGCAGCAGCCUGGGCAACCUGCGGCGCCAUGAGCGCAUCCACAGCCAGGACAAGCCCUUCCAGUGCAGCGCCUGCGCCUACCGCUGCAACCAGCGCCGUAACCUGCAGCGCCACACCCGGAGCCAUCGCCAGGCGGAGGAGGGGCCCUGCUGCCGGAACAAGGCCCAAGGGCCGCUGCUGCCGGAGCUGAACCUGCAGGUGAGUGGUGCCAGCAGCCCCCGCCUGCAGGGCGAGGAGGCAGACGCCUUGCCGGAGCUGCUCUUCCCCUUCACCUGCCGCAUGUGUGGGUUGGUGCUGGACGACGGCUUGGUGCAGGACGAGAGCCUGGUGGAGCAGAUCUGCAGCCGCUGCAGCCUGGCCGUGCUGAGCACCGAGCCGGAUGAGAGCCCCCCCGAGAGCGGCACCAAGGGCUUCUCCUGCAGCCUGUGCCCCUUUGCCACACACUACCCCAACCACCUGGCCCGCCACAUGAAGACACACAGUGGCGAGAAGCCCUUCGCCUGCCCCCUCUGUCCCUACGCCUCCGCCCACCUGGACAACCUCAAGCGACACCAGCGUGUGCACACAGGGGAGCGGCCCUACAAGUGCCAGCUCUGCGACUACGCCUGUGGCAACCUGGCCAACCUCAAGCGUCACGGCCGCAUCCACUCCGGCGACAAGCCCUUCCGCUGCAGCCUGUGCAGCUACCGCUGCAACCAGAGCAUGAACCUCAAACGCCACAUGCUGCGCCACACAGGCGAGAAGCCCUUCCGCUGCCACCUCUGCCCCUACACCACCGGCCACUGGGACAACUACAAGCGCCACCAGAAGAUCCACGGCCCUGCUGCUGAGGGCUGGGCCAGCCCCCCGAGUGCCAAGCCCCGGCUGGCCCUGCCGCCCCCAGCUGCCUCCCUGCACUAGGACCUGGGCCUGGCCCACCGCAGGCGCAUGGCCGGGGGCUGAAAUGCUGCUGCUGGCUGGGGGCAGGGCCUUGCUGGGCCUGUCCUUGGGGGCAGGAGAAGAAGCAAGUGCCUGCGCAGCGGCUGGGGGGCAGGGGCCAGCAGUGCUGCAGAGGAGGUUCCCCCCCUCAGACAGGCUGGGCGUGGGAAGCAGGAACUCAGAGCCAUUGGUGCCCAGUAACCUGAGCUGGGGCCAGGGCACUCCUCACCCCAGCUGUGCCCAGCAAUGUCACUGCUUGGAAUAAAAGCCUGCCAAGCAGUACCCCAGCUGUGUGGAGCUGCUGUCAGGGGGAGGGAACAUACCCCCCCACUCCCCAUCUCACACACUGCUGUUCCCUGGAGCAGUUCUGCCUGGACAUGGGGUUCAGGGGCUAGGAGGGGGAGUGCCAGCUGGCCUCUGCCCAGGCAGCGCAAAGAAGCCUUGUCAGGGACCACAGAGCGUGGCCCCUUCCCUCCUCCAGCACCCUGGGUGCAGCAAGGGAGGGGUGGGGGGGAGACUGGCCUGGCCCCCCGCCCCGGGGUGCGUCUCAAGGCUGUGUAAUUUAUAUUGUGUAUAAAAGCAUUAAAGUCAGUUUUGGGGUGCAGAGGCGCCUGGCUAAGCCCCGGGGCUGUGAGCAAGAUCGAGCCCCUUGGCCCUCAGGCACAGUCAAGAGCUGCUCAGUGGGCUCCAGCAAGGGGGGGGUCACAGCAGCACCAAUCCCGGCCCUGCCCGAGUGCGAUGCCCUGUAAAUGCUGAUGUGUCCCAGCCUCAAGCUUCCCUGGGCCUGCUGCAGUACGUGCGCCUGGCACCACAGCAGGGGGGCAGGGCCUGGGCACACUGGCCUGUGCCCCCUGCUCCAGUGCAGACACAACAGGGAUUUAGAGUCACCUGCUGGGGCCCUGACCUGGGUUCAGAGCUGACCAGGGCAUGGACCUACAGGGGGUCAAGGAGUCGGGGGCAGUUGCCCAAAGGGAGGCAGGCUGGGGCCAGCCCAAGAGGGGCCGUGCUGGGGGCCCAGCUGGAGUUAUGGCCUCUCUGGGCUGCUGCUGCCCCCCCUCAGCCCAGGCAAGGCAGCCACACACCUGUUACCAAUCAUAAGCCGCUUUAAUCACUG